GGUCCAGGAUUUCCGUGUUUUCAAAUAGCAUUUUAUGCCCAGGAUGGUUUAUAACAUGUUCUGCUAUGGCUGAUUUUUCUGGUUAACCCAGUCCACAGCAUCUCUCAUGCUCCUUGAUCUGUGUUUGAACACUGCGUUUGGUGGUCCCUAUGUAGACUUAUCUGCAGCUGCACCGUAUGCAGGAAACUCCUGAACAGAGAACUCUUCCUAAAGGUAACUGAUCCCAUAAAAGCGAAGGCACAAACACAAGCAGAAGCCUUAUGUGAUCUCAAUAUCCCCCAGUAAUAGAGCUUGUUCAGUUGUCUAAAGGCCACAAAGGACUUCAUGCAACCCAAUCAUGCUUCAAAUCAGGAAGCAGCACGCUGAGAAAUGUAUCAGUGCUCCGACCACAUUGCUGCUGACGCCUACGCUUGCAGGGUCACCAGCUUUGAAGCCUCCGCCUCGAGAAAGAGGGGAAAAAACGCUUCACGAUGGAUGCCCAAGAAAGAGCGGUUCUAGAGAUUUCCACCAGAAACCCUCAAGAUGACUUUGAGCUUCUGCAGCGAGUCGGCGGAGGGACCUAUGGGGAAGUCUAUAAGGCAAGGAACAAAGAAACCGGGAAACUGGCUGCUAUCAAAAUGGUCAAGAUGGAAGCAGAUGACGAUUGCGCCACUAUUCAGCAGGAGAUCCUGAUGGUGAAAACGUGCAAACACGACAACAUUGUUGCCUACUAUGGAAGCUAUAUACGGUUUAACAAGCUGUGGAUUUGCAUGGAGUUCUGUGGAGGUGGCUCUCUUCAAGAUGUCUACCAAGCCACUGGACCUUUGACAGAGCUUCAGAUUGCCUAUGUAUGUCGAGAAACGUUGAAAGGUCUUUCUUAUCUCCAUAACCAAGGGAAGAUCCACAGAGAUAUUAAGGGAGCCAACAUCCUCCUCAAUGACCACGGAGCAGUAAAACUGGCGGAUUUUGGCAUCUCAGCUCAACUCAGCGCUACUUUUGCCCGGAGAAUGUCUUUCAUCGGUACACCUUACUGGAUGGCUCCGGAAGUGGCAGCGGUGGAACUCAAAGGCGGAUACAAUGAACUGUGUGAUGUGUGGUCAGUGGGGAUCACAGCUAUUGAGUUGGCGGAGCUUCAGCCUCCCCUGUUUGAUGUACACCCUUUGCGGGUCCUGGUCCUGAUGACAAAGAGCGGCUAUCAGCCCCCAAAGCUCAAAGAGAAAGCCCGGUGGACACCAGCCUUCCACAACUUUGUCAAGGUGACACUAACCAAGAACCCCAAGAAAAGGCCAAGUGCCUCCAAGAUGCUGACUCAUCAACUGGUGACCCAGCAAGGACUUGGCCGCAACCUGACCCUUGAUCUCCUUGAGAAACUACGUGAUCCUGACAAACUCCCCAGAUGUGAAACGGAUGAAGAGGAACAAGAGGUGCCCCCACCUCCUGUGCCGCGAAGAAUUCGCUCCAGCCAACGGCAAGGCGUAACCUCACCUGGAUGUACUGAACCCCAAGCUCAUAAUUUUGGCCUUGAUCUCAGAAACCGGCGGAGUCUAGAGUCCCCGAAUUUCACGGAAACCACCGCAGACCCUGGUUAUGGGACUGGCAGCCACCUCUAUAGCUCUGCAUUCAGCAGCAGAGAAGCAGCAACAGACUCAGACAAUGAUUAUGAUGAUGUGGACAUCCCCAGCGCAUGUCAUGCAAGCAGUGAAACCUUAUCUACCAACCUCCCACCUCCACUGCCUCCAAAGCCUAAACUCCGGAUCUCGUCAGAUGAGACUGUGGCGGAAAGAUCGGCUGCAAGGUGUCCUGGCAAGCUCAGAUUGCGGGGAAGAUGCUCCAGCGGCCCCAUUGCAAGCAGGGCACCUCAGCAAAUGCCUCCGAUGGCAGCCCAGGCCUCUCACCUUACUGCCAGAUCAGUCCCUGAAUUGUUCCCAGUCCCCCAGAUUGAAGAACCACCCAUCCUUCCACCCAAACCGGAGAAGAAACAGAAACCUGACAGAGCACUCUUCAAGAAGGUGUUUAAUGAGUGCCCCUUACACAUCACCUCGGCGACUGCUUGGACUCAUCCAAAUACUAAUGAGCUGCAUUUAAUUCUGGGAGCUGAAGAAGGGAUCUUUGCCUUGAAUCGGAGUGAGAGUGAACCCACACUAGAACUGCUCUAUCAUAGCCGCACCACAUGGGUGUACUGCAUUGGAAAUGUCCUCAUGUCGCUUUCUGGAAAGUCCUCCCAGCUCUUCUCUCAUAGUUUACUGGGCCUGUAUGAGCAGAGCAGGCGAGAGCAGCGGCCUGGGAUGUCCAUCUCUCCCCACAGAUUGUUACCCAGGAAAAAUGUCACUACCACAAAGAUUCCAGAUACCAAAGGAUGCCAAAAAUGUUGCACAGCCAAAAAUGCACAAAGCAAUUGCCACUAUCUAUGUGGGGCACUAGAGGCAGGCGUGGUGCUGCUACAGUGGUAUGAACCCAUGCAGAAAUUCAUGCUGGUCAAGUAUUUCGACUUCCCGCUCCCUUCUCCGUUGCCCGUCUUUGAGAUGCUGAUGACCUUUGAUGAAGAGUACCCUUUGGUUUGCAUUGGAGUGAGCAAGGGCCCCCCAGGGCAAGCAGUACAGUUCCAGAUCAUCAACCUAAAUUCACUUACCUCUUGGUUCAUUGAUGACAGCAGUGAACCUGCAUGCUCUGGCCCUGUCCAGGUGACCCAGCUGGACAGCAAGACGGUACUGGUUCUGAUGAACAGGAGCAUCCAGUUUGUCAGCCUCCAAGGAUUGCUGCUUCAGUGCCCUCCACAACUCACUUUCGACGUGGAAAUGGAAUCAGUUGCGGUGGUGCGCAACAGUGUGUAUGCAUUUUGGCGCCAUGGAGUGCAGAAGUGGAUUCUGGAAUCAGGACAGGUUGCACAGGAUCUGCGGGAUCAGCGAUGGACCUUCCGGCUACUGGGAGCCUCAAGCACUAUUGUGUUAGAGACACGGCCUGUGGAUGAACCCAACUCCACCAGCAACCUCUACGUCCCCGAAUGACACUCACCAAACAUUUACUGACAAGGCAUUCUUACAUACAGACUCGUUCAGUUGCUUCCCUCUUUCCUGAGCCUGCUGGGUUGCUUCCAGAUCUUCAACAUGGACAGUCUUGAAGGAGAAAACAAGGGGAACAGGAGUGGACCCGGUCUGCCAUGUGCCUCAGUGCUGCUCCAAAAACCAGUAAGAAAAGGACUGGAUUGGGAAAACCACUUUGCAUUUCACUUAGUCUGGCACAGUACCUUCUCUCAGUACACACAAACGGAUGUCAGUUUUCUGGUUUCAUGUCUCCUUUUACAUACAGGCUUCACCUUAGUAAAAAUUGUGCCCAUUUUUCCUGUUUUUCAGUUAUUUCUUUGCUCUCUUCUCAUUUAUGUGUAAAGAACAGAAAAUCCUCUUGGUCUGGCUAGGCUACCUUGUCAGUGCCUGGCUUAUGAUCCUGGUGCUGCCUUGGACCUAGUGCAAACAGAGCUAAGACUGAGACAAGCCUUUUGUUUGAGAGGGAGCAUUUGGGCAUAGUGUCCUGAAGGUGUCUGUCCAAAGCUUACUAAAUAAAGCACUGUCAA